UAUAUAAAUAUGAACACAUAUAUCUUUACUCCACAACAAUUUGUAAAGCAAAACAAAACCCAAACAGCAAAACAACACCAUACAUUGCUCAGUAACAAGUGUGUGAGAAAGAGAAAAAAUGGAGGCUAAUAUGGUUGGACUACCCAAGCACGAGAAGAACAUUGCUUCAAGUUUUCUUAGACAGGGUCGCUCGAACCGUGCACACACUGGCGGCGUAGCCGACGACACUGAGUUGGGAAGAAAAAUCCUUGCCACACAUGAAUCCAAUGAGCGUGGUUUUUAUGUCAAGCCUGUUCUGGCUGUCAUUGGUGUCAUAUUCAACCGUGCAAGUGAAGACAUUUUUAAAUUUACACAGGGCUCGAUUACACAAUGGGACAUUGCUGUGACUGAUGAAAAGGUGGUUGAUCUUCCAACAAGGGUCAUUAGUGCAAUUUCCCUCGAGAUAUACAGUAAGUGCUCGGCUGGUGUAGAUGUGCACACAAUUGUCCUAGACGUAUUGCAGCUAGUCAAGCACUACAGCUGGGAAGUGAAGGUGUUACUAGUUUUGGUAACUUUAAUGAUCACUUUUGGUAAGUUCAGGCUUGUUGUUCAGAACUACACAACUAAUCCACUCCCAAAAGCAAUUGCUAUUCUUAAACAAUUGCCUGAAAUAUUGGAGCAUCUACACGAUCUGAAACCAACACUUGAUGCACUCUUUGUUCUUAUUGGCGAAAUUAUCGACACAACCAACAAACUUGUCGAGUUUUAUGAUCUCCCUGAGAUUAUUGCUGUUGAUGCUAAUGUUCCCACUGUUGUUUAUUGGACCAUCCGAAGCAUAGUCGUUGCUUCAACUCAGAUGUUCUCCCUCACUGGCUCCUUACCAAUCGAUCUCUUGACAGAGUCAUGGGAGCUGUCUUCCUUGGCUCACAAACUCAACAACAUCAAAAGGCUUCACCUUGUUGAGCUACUCGAACGUUGCUUAACAAUCAUGCAGGAGAAAAGAGAUGAAGAAGCAUUCAGGGAGCUUGAACGUAUUUUCACAACACCACACCUUGACAACACAAGGGCUUUGUCUACUUUAUUCCACUACAAGGAUGGCCAGCCAGCACUCUAUGAUUGCUACCUCAAGAGAAAGGUUGCCACAGAGGAAUUGAGCAACAAGACUGUAGCCUUAUUCAUUACAGAUAUGAAUCUCAAUCUCCAACGUGGGCAAGAAUACAAAAUCUUGGAACGAAUUUACCAACAAAAGAAGCAUAGCCCCAUGAAAAUGGAUAGUCACUACGAGAUAGUUUGGGUACCAAUUGUUGACAAUUGGGAUGAAGAUAAACUCAUUCUCUUUGAGACACUAAGAAAUCAAAUGGAAUGGCACUCGAUUGACCAUCAUUCGGUGGUGUCAACGGUUGUAAGAAGGUACAUCAAAGAGAAAUGGAACUUCAACAAAAAGCCAAUUCUUGUGGUUAUAGACAAACAAGGUGCUGUUGUGCACCAUGAUGCUACCAACAUGAUAUGCAUUUGGGGAAACACUGCCUACCCUUUUACCAUCAAUAGAGAAAAAUUAUUGUGGGAGGAGAUGAGAUGGUCCAUUGAUCUUCUCAUUGACAACCUCGAGCCUAAUUUGAAUGCUUGGAUUCAAGAGGGAAGGCACAUUUGCCUGUAUGGAGGUGAAGAUAUGGAGUGGAUCAGGGAUUUCACAAUAGCUGCAAAAAAGGUGGCAAGAGAUGCUGGGAUCAGCCUAGAGAUGGUUUAUGUGGGAAAGAGCCAAAUUAAGGAGAGAGUUGUGUCGACCAUUAUUGACACAAUCCACAAAGAGAAUUUGAGCAGAACUCUUGACCGUGACCACAUUAAUUACUUUUGGUUAAGGUUGAUGAGAAUGUUGGAAUCUAAGCGUCAACUGGCCAAGUUUGACAACACAACUCAUGACCACAUACUGGAAGGGAUCACUGUGAUUUUAAGCUAUGACUCUAGUGAUUACACCAAAGGAAGGUGGGCUGUUAUGAGUAAGGAUAUUGGUACUAUGGUUAGGAGCAAAGGGACACACAUGCUCAAAGCCUUGACUGAGCACAGACUUUGGAUUCCGCGGCAGCAGGAGAUUGGGUUCGUCCCUGCUUUAGAUGAGUAUCUCAAGGACCAUGUCCAGCCCCACGAGCCACACCACUGCACCAGCCUCGUUCUGCCUUCCACUGGUGCCUUGCCUGAUGUCAUGAAGUGCUGCGAUUGUGGCCGCCUAAUGGAGACUUACACUUUGUUCCGCUGCUGCCUAGAAUGAACUUGACAUGGAUUUUUUUGAAAAUGGCUAUGCUUGAUGAUGAUGCUUCUUAUUAUUAUUACUAUCUCUACUACUAUUAUUGCUUAUAAGCAAUCAAAAUAAUGGCAAGAAGACCCUAAUAAAGGUCUUCUUCUCUUCUUCAUCAUCCAUUUCACUUCUCUUUUUUCCCUUAAUUGUUGUAAUCGAGAAUAAUUAUAUGUGUAAGUUGUUUUGAGUUAAAUCCACUUGUUUCUUGAUUCCAA